AUGCAAAAUCAUCCACGAAUGCGUUUCAUGUGGUGCGAAAUUGUAUUUUUGGAGCGAUGGUGGACAAAGCAAAAUGAAAGUGUCAAAAGUUUAACACGAAAACUAAUUGAAAACAAACAGUUAGAAAUUGUAAGCGGUUCAUGGGUAAUGACUGAUGAAGCAACAACAUAUUUUCCAUCGAUUGUGGAUAAUAUUAUCGAGGGACAACAAUAUGUAAACAAUGAAUUAAAUGUACAAGCUGAAGUGAUGUGGUCAAAUGAUCCAUUUGGUUAUGGGCCAUCAGUGCCAUAUUUAUAUACAAAAACAGGUGUCAAACGUGGCGUAAUUAAUAGGAUUCAUCAUGGUCUAAAAGCAUUUCUACGUUAUCAUGGAGCAAUACCAUUCCGUUGGCAACAAUUUUUUGAUGUAAAUGAUGAAAACGAAAUGUAUACGCAUGUAUUACCAUAUAGCCAUUACGAUAUACUAAAUAGUUGCGGACCGGAUCCGGAUGUAUGUUGCCAAUAUGAUUUUAAACGGAUAAAUCAUUUCACAUGUUCAAAUGCUGCGCCUGUACCGAUUACAGACUCGAACAUUCGUAAAAGAGCAUUAAUACUGGAAAAAGCAUUUCUAAAAAUGUCACUUCAACAAGGAAGCAAUAUUUUAUUAUCGGUUUGGGGUGAUGAUUUUCGAUAUGCUGAAUUAGAGGAAUGGUAUCAACAAUAUGAUAAUUUAAUACUGCUAUUUGAUUACAUCAAUAAGAAUUCAAAACGUACAAAAAUUAGAUUUGGUACAUUAAUGGAAUACUUUGAUGCAUUAGAACGAAACAAUAAGAUUAAAAAUAUUAUCCCAGCAACUUUAUCGGGUGAUUUCUUCCCUUAUCAAUGUUCCGCUGGUGAUUAUUGGACUGGUUAUUAUACCACACGGCCAUUUUAUAAAAGACAAGAACGAGAGUUGCAUUCAUUUAUAAGAGCCUCCGAUUUGCUAACUGCCAGUGCAUUAAUAAAUUUGUCAACCAAAAGUCGCCAAAUUAUUCAACAGCAGCUUACGAUAGCUCGACGAAAUUUGGCGCUUUUUCAGCAUCACGAUGCUAUUACAGGAACAAGCAAAAAUCACGUUAUGAAGGAUUAUUCAGAGCGCAUUUUUGCUUCGAUAAAAAUUGCUGAAAAUAUGCUCCGUAUUUCAUUAAAUGCAUUAUUACGCUCAAAUAAUUUUGAAAUAGACAAUAUUCCAUUAGUAUACAAUGAAAGCAGUAGCAAAAAGAUGGUCAUUGUGGAACAGCCAAAGACAAUACUUAUAUACAACAAUCAACCACAUGGAAGAAUGGAAUUAAUCGAAUUGCAAAUAUCAGAUCCGAACGUAAUUGUAAUUGGAACAAAUGGACCUAUUCAAGCUCAAAUAGAACCGUAUUUUGAUACAGUUAGUGGUAAAUUAACAAAAAGUUACCUGUUGGUUUUCUCUGCACAUCUCAAGGCUUUAUCAUUUGUUCACUUCACAAUUCAAAAGAAUCAUGCCGCAACAACUGAAAUUACUCAAAUUUUAACACCAUUAAAGUCGUUAAGAAUGACAAAGUAUAUUUCAAGCAAUUUCCACGUUAAAACAAUAAGCAAAAAUGAAUUUUUCCUUCAAACACAGCGAAUAUUAGUGGAAUUAAACCCUAAAAAUGGAUUAUUAGAGGCGAUAUAUACGAAUGUUGAAACAGAUGGUACAAAACGAUUACGGUGUAAACAAGAAUUCAGUUAUUACAAGAGCAUCUUUAGCGGAGCAUAUAUAAUGGCACUUCAAGAUGCAGAAGUUAUAAAACUGAAAAUGACUGAAGCAGAAACUUUUAUUGUUUCGGGACCAUUGCGUCAAAUUGCUUACACGUUAUCAAGAUUCGUAAAGCAGCGUCUCUCAGUUAAUAAUAUUUCAGGAGCAGAAGAAAACCGCUUACAUAUGCAACUUCGUAUUGAUAUACGAAAAAUGUCAGAUGCUGAGUUAGUCACAAAAUUUGCAACUGAUAUGAUAGCAGAUGAUGUUGAAUACUAUACUGAUAGUAAUGGUUUGCAAUUAAUUAAACGAGCUGAAUAUGAUGCAUCAAAUCGACCAGAAAUGAAUUAUUAUCCAAUGCCAACAGCAAUGAUACUGCAAGAUCGGUCAAAACGACUUUCAGUUCUUAGCAAUGUCCCACAUGGUGUUAGAACAUUUAAUAAAAUAAAUCUCGAAAUUAUGCUUGAUCGUCGCUUAAGUACUGAUGAUGGAAAAGGCCUCGGAUUUAAUGAUGAUGGUUUACCGGUAGAUAAUUUACCAGUUAAUAUGGCAUUUACAUUUGUUAUAGAACAAAUGACAGUUGCUGAUAAUAAACAACAACGACAACAGCGACGAUUUGCAUAUAAUACGCUUAAUGCUCAUUUAGCUCUUCAAUCACUUAUUUAUCAACCGAAUAUUUUUAUCAGUUCUGGAAUUCUUGAAAAUUCACCACUUUAUCAUCUUCAAUCGUUUCCAUGUGAUGUGCAAUUACUAACCAUUCGUCCGUUAACAUAUGAUAUAAAUCGACGAUUGAUGAUAUUGCAUAGAGCGGGUAUUGACUGUACUACCUUAAACUCUUCAAUAUGUCAUGGAAAUGAACUUGAUUCAGCGCUGAAAAAAUUAAUGCAAUCUCUUGGUGUGACGACAGUGCAGAAAACAUUACUGAAUGGUAUCAAGCAAAUAAGCGAAGAAAUGCCUUAUCAAAUGAUGACAUUCACUUUGGAACCAGCUGAUUUUGCUACUUAUCUCAUACGCUUUAAUUAA